AUGGCCCCUUUGCCGUCGCGCAUAGCGUCGCUGGUUCAUUCACAUUUCGACGCUCUGCCCACCCGCAGUAAGCCAAGCAUCUUUCCAGAUGGCUCGCGGGAGUGGAUUCCAAUGACUGGCAUUGUUGCUGUCAAGGGAGAGAAUACAUCUUAUGAGAGCCUGCACUGCAUAGCUGUCACAACUGGCGCAAAAUGUCUGUCCGCUUCUCAAAUCCCCCGCUGUCGGGGUCUCGUGCUCCACGACUGCCACGCCGAGAUAUUAGCCCUUCGCGCCUUCAAUUACUGGCUUCUGACUGAAUGUCAUGGCUUUAUAGCCGAAGAAUUGAAGUGCAAGAAUACUGUCGAUGAAAUUCCCAAUAUUGAGAACCAGAGUACUCCAACAUCCGCAUUCAUCCGCAAAAGAAAUCAGUCAUAUCAAGACCCUGCACCAGCCCCGUCAAUAGAUUGGCCGCGUUUUGAACUUCAACCUGAUGUCAAAAUCUAUAUGUAUUGCACCUGUGCACCUUGUGGCGAUGCAAGCAUGGAGCUCUGCAUGGCUGCCCAGGAAGAUGACACCCCAUGGGAGGUAACACGCGAAACCAACAUUGGCUCGAAUACAGAAAGCGCCGAAGAUGCCAUGCUUGACGGACGAGCUCAUUUCUCCCUCCUGGGAAUUGUUCGUCGAAAACCAGCGCGCACAGACGCAGAAGCUACUCGAAGCAAGUCCUGUUCCGACAAAAUUGCUUUGAAGCAGGUAUCGUCUCUGUUAUCGUGUGAGACUACUCAUCUCGUCGCACCUACUGCGAACACGUACUUGGCUGGCUUGAUUCUCCCAGAGGAUGAGAUUAGUCGCGUUGGAUGCGAUCGAUCGUUUGGACCAAAUGGGCGGAUGGCAGCUUUGGCAGGACGGUCGUGGCCGAGUAUUCAGGAUUCCGCAGAGAAUCAGAUUGGGUUCCGAUUUCGACCAUUUGACAUUCUGUCGGUACCUGCAGAAGAAGUUCAUGCGAUGUGGCAGUUUUCGAAACCCAAGCCUGCAGAGGUCCUGCCUAAGAAGAGCAAGCCAGGGAAUGCGAGUGCAGUAUGGACAGCGGCGCCAUCAUAUUCGCAUUCAUGCAGGAUAAUACCGGAGACGGGGAGCAAGACUUUGCCUGCUUUGCGACGCUCUAGAACGGGAAUCUAUGAAACUCUUGUCAACGGAGUGAAGCAGGGGAACAAGGCAUCUGCGCCUGGUCCGCGGGGUGCUUCAUCGCUUUCUAGAGCUAAAAUGUGGGCUCUUUUCCACGAUAUUGUCACUCUGAGAGCUUGCCAUACCAGUCUUGAAACCGACACAGACUUGAAUCGGCAGUCAGAGAGUGCUAUGACUGAGCAAUCUUUGGGAACACCUCGGAAAAAUAUUCAACGAAUCAAGACGUAUGAAGACCUGAAGAGAGUUGGUGAUCGCCUGGAGGACCCGCUACGAGUUCGUGAAGAAGCUAUUCGAGAAGCUAAGAAGGUCCUCAAAGGCUGGAUCCCCAACGCAAAGGACGAUGACUGGGGAUUAGAUGUACUGGUUGAUCCUAAGAAGCGAAAGCGUUGA